AUGCCUUCCCUCCACAGCUCUCUAUCACCAUUACGACCGCGCUGCCUUUGUAAACCACGACCUGCCGAUAUCUCUACCCUCCUCUACACACGAGUUUCUCCACGCACGCGAUCAUUACACACCACGACACGUCCCCCUCACCAACGAACACACUCUACAUUUGCGCCUAUCCAUCGCCGGGUUCAAGCCGCACCUCAACAGCCAGCCUUCCCCCAAACCCGAAGUAUGGCGAGUGAUAGCGACUACAUGUCCUUCUUGGACAAGGCGAACGAGGAUUCUUCAGGUGGAGCAAAGGUGACUACGCAGUCAAAGGGACAUUUCCAGUUCAAGGCGACAGACACCGGGGCUAAGGUGCCCAAGGAGAUCAAGGAUGCUAUCAAGGACACCUUCAUGGUCAGCGAAGCUGACGAGCCUUUCGAGGCCGUUUCUUUAGAGGUCAAGGAAGAUUCCUUGCCUGAUGAAGUUCAAUUUGCGGAGCUCAUCAACCAUUGGGAACCCAACUCAGCAGACAUCGAGAUUCUUGAUCCUCUAGAUUGGGACAAGAAGGGGCGGUAUACAAAGGUGAUUGAGGCUGUUCGACAAGCUACCGAGGGCAACGACCGAGAUAUUGUGCCGUCCCUGGACACAGUUCGGCAGUUUCUAACUACCGCCCGCAGUUCCAGCAGCAAACGGCAACCGAACCUUGUCCCCGUAUACCGCCAAAUCUCCUCCGAUCUCAUCACCCCCUCCGCGGCGUACCUCAAGGUGAGCGCCGCCUCUAAAGACGACAAUUACUCCUUCCUCUUCGAAUCCGCAGCCACCGAGCAGCUCGGACGAUAUAGCUUUGUCGGCGCCGGCCCUCGCAAGAUCUUGACGACCGGUCCCGGAUAUGGCGAGGAGACGGAUCCCUUGCGCGGUCUGGAGAAGGAGCUGGCAGAGUAUGUUGUCGCGCAGGUCCCUGGACUGAAGCUCCCUCCCAUGGCUGGAGGAGCUGUCGGAUAUGUCGGGUACGAUUGCGUGCGCUACUUCGAGCCCAAGACAGCUCGUCCCAUGAAGGAUGUUCUCAAGGUGCCCGAGUCGCUAUUUAUGCUAUACGACAGCAUUGUCGCCUUCGAUAGGUUUUAUGGCAUCAUCAAGGUUAUUUCCUACGUCCAGGUGCCCGAGGGCCAGGAUGACAAGGGGCUGGAGGAAGCAUACGCCGAGGCCGGCCGCACAAUUGACAGGCUAGUCGAUGUUCUCGAAUCUCCAGAGGUCGUCCUCCCCAAGCAAGAACCAAUUCAGCUCGGCCAGGAAUACACAUCCAACAUUGGCCGCGAUGGAUACGAGGCCCACGUCACGAAGCUGAAGGAGCACAUCGUGGCGGGAGACAUCAUCCAGGCCGUGCCAAGCCAGCGGUUCGCCCGCCCGACCAACCUGCACCCCUUCAACAUCUACCGCCACCUGCGCACCGUCAAUCCCUCACCGUACCUCUUCUACGUCGACUGCAAGGACUUCCAGCUCGUCGGCGCCUCACCCGAGCUCCUCGUAAAGAGCGAGGAGGGCCGGAUCAUCACACAUCCCAUCGCCGGGACGGUCAAACGCGGCGCCACCCCGGAGGACGACGAGCGCCUCGCUGACGAGCUUCGCUCCUCCCUCAAGGACCGCGCCGAGCACGUCAUGCUCGUCGACCUGGCUCGCAACGACGUCAACCGUGUCGCAGAUCCUCUAACCGUCCGUGUCGACCGUCUGAUGGUCGUCGAGAAGUUCAGCCACGUCCAGCAUCUCGUGUCCCAGGUGUCGGGAGUCCUCCGGCCAGGACAGACCCGCUUCGACGCCUUCCGCUCCAUCUUCCCCGCCGGGACCGUCUCCGGCGCGCCAAAGGUCAAGGCCAUGGAGCUCAUCGCUGAGCUCGAGGCCGAGAAGCGAGGCAUCUACGCCGGCGCGGUUGGCUACUUUGGCUAUGAUGGCGUGGACGAGAAGGGCGCCGAGGUGGAGGGUGCGAUGGACACGUGCAUUGCGUUGAGGACGAUGCUCACCAAGGAUGGCGUGGCAUAUCUACAAGCCGGCGGCGGUAUUGUAUUUGACUCGGACGAGUACGAAGAGUGGAUGGAGACGAUUAACAAGCUCGGAGCCAACAUGCAUUGCAUCACUUCGGCGGAGCAGCUGUAUCACGCUCAGCAGCAACGGUCGGCUUAG